UUUUGUUGUUGAUGAAUUCUACAAGAAGCAUAUUUUUCGAAGGAUGACGAAACUUUGGCGAGAUAAUAGAUCUUUAGUGAUGAAAGAAGUGGAAGAGCAAGCCAAAGUUGUUGGUUUACAGCGUGCUGCUGCCCUUCUCAAGCCUAAUAACAUAGAAUCCAUGGAUGAGUGGUUAGCUCUUAUUAAACACAGAACUAGUGUGGGAUUUAAGGAGAAGUGUCAAAAAUUCAAGAGAAUGCGGGCAGGAAGAACUUUACUACAUAGAACUAGUAGAAAAAGUUUCGCGCGGCUUGAAGAAGAAUUGAGGGAACAAAGUGAAAAUCCAGAUGCGAUAUCAAGGUCUGAUAUAUGGAUUCAUGCUUAUGAAGCAAAGAAGAAGAAGAGUUCAGAUGAAGUAGUUGAGGAUCCGGAAAUAGUGAAACAAGUGAAGCAGAAAAGGGCAGAGCAAGAACCUUCACAAACAUCUUCUUUGAAAGAUGAUGCUGUAGCACAAGUUCUAGGACCUGAUCCACGAGGACGGGUAAGAGGGUUAGGAUUUGGAGCAGUCCCUUCAAAGAUAGAAUAUCAAACCAAAGUUGGAAACAAAGUUGCUAACUUAGAGAAACAAGUGUCCACUCAAGCACAGAAUAUGCUUUCUCAAUCACAAGAGAUUGAACGAUUGAAAGAAGUGGUUGCCACUCUUUUAGCAAGAUCAGAGAAACAAGGGAAUAACCACGGUAGUAACAGUGUUCAGCAUUCUGCUAACAUGUUUGCACUACAAACGCAGAAUGAAAAUCCUAGUGUUCAACAUCAUAGCAGUGAUGGAGUACAAAGCAACCAAAAUAUUGCAAGUGUUCGAGGUUCUGACAGUGGGAGGCCACAAAGCAAGCAAAGCAACCAAAAGAAAACUUCAAGUAUUCAAUAUUCUGCUGAUCAUGGGUCACAAAGCAAAGACAAGGAAGGUAAAAGGACCAAAGUUACAAAGGAUGAUCAGAAUAGAAUCGAAUUGUUAAAUUGGUUUGAGAUGGAAGAACAGGUUGUUGCAAUUGCAAAACUUGAGUCAAAAGAUCCAAAUGUAAAGAUCCAUCAUGUGCCCCUUGGUCAUGAAUGCUGGAAAGUUUGGGUGCUUGAUGUUUUUGAGGAUAUAGCUUUAUAUCGACCAACUAGGGAGUUUGGAACACUGAGUAUGGCUCAAGGAAGUACAAUUGCAUGGCCUAUCAAGUACAUCAAACAAGUUUAGUUUAUGAACUUU